GGGACAACAAGAUCACGUCGGCGCUCAAGCUCGGCUUUCUAACAUUCUCAACGAUCUUGCGAAGGAACUCGCGGAGACACAGCUGAGGGUUAUCCACGAGGAGAUCUUCAAUCCGAUUGCGAGUUUGGUGCAGAUCACGGUUUAUGCAUUGCAAAUACCCCUGGAGGUCUGGAAUAAACUUGUGAUGCUGGGUGGCUUAAUAUCAUGAGGAGGCCACAAGUGCUGGCUUAGCAUGACAAGUUUCUGAGCGUGAGGUCCUUUUGGGUGUUGCCUAUAAAAAUUCUGCAUGACAAACUGCGUUUCGGCAUGACAGAAAAGUGGGGCUGCUCUUGGGUACUAACGUGCAUGACAGAUUCAAGAGUCAUGCCAGACAAGCAUGACAAACCUGCAUUCUUCCAGACCGCCCAGACAUAUUUGCCCUUGAUACGGUUCCCUGGGCCGCCCGGAAGUGGGUCCACAAGCAGCUCUGGGACCCUGCCAACCAAGCCUUGCAGCGACAGCAAGAGGAGAAGAGGAGAGCGGCCAUUCCGCCACCGGUCGAGGAGGAGCGGGACCCAGUCGCCAUGCCGAUUAUGCAAAGAAAAAAGUGUUACAGUUACACAUUUGUUGUCAAUUCAGCAACACAAAUUUAUCUGCAUGAGAAAGAAAACUUGCAAUACAGAAAUCCUACGGGAAAACACCUAUGAAACGAGGCUGCUAUGCAUAUCCAGCAUGACAGAGCUUGUGUGUCUUGCUUGACCUGCAAUGCAAUGUGCACCUGUAAACACUUUUUUCUCGCGAUACUGGUAAACUGGCGGGAUGGCGGAGACGACCAGAGCGAGCCUGGUUCGUCCUCCCGCAGUAACGCGGGCGACGAAGACGCGUCUGAGGCUGGCCGCGCAGCAUCCCCCCUACCGGAACUGCUCUCCGGUGCGGCAAGUCGCGAAAGCAUGUCGUGCCCCUCGGAAAACGAUGAAACCGCGGCGCGAUCUCCCGGGCAAGGGAGACCUCGAAGCAGGUCUGAGGCCGAUGCCGGUCGUACACAGCAACAGCGUCGUGGUUCUUCCCGUGGCAACAGGAGGACAUCUUCCCUGCGCAGACGCAACUCGACAGGUAGCGCGACGAUGCGCUCCGCAGAAUUAGACGGAGCUACGUUGACCGCCCGUGCUUCCUCCGCCACGCGCGGGGGCGAACCCGAACGACGUGUGAGUUCGCUGCCCCGGCCGCGCGCCCGAAGCCCGGCUGGCACAAGGAGCCGGCAACGGGGAACAAGCCCGGCACGAGCUUCUACUACAACUAGGCGCAGCGGCAGUGCGCCCCGUACCCUCGAAACCGUUGACCCCCAGGUCUUGGCUUCAAGGAGCCGGCGACGAACAAGCCCGGAACGAGCCAGUACAACUAGACGCAGCGGCAGUGCGCCCCGUACCCUCGAGACCGUUGACCCUCGGGAGCUCGCGGCGGUCUCAGCUAGACUGUCGAAAAUGAGUUUAUCAGCAAACAGUACAAGUGCACGCGAAGGGCCAACAGAAAUAACAAGUGGAAUUUUUCAAACUCCGGAACAGGAUUUUCACCCCCGCCUGAGUCGGCGGGACUCAGUUCAGACGCGCAGCAGCAUGAGCAGCUCGCCAGGCCCGAUGAACCGGCGCGACUCCGUUCUAUCAACAGCGUCGACCAUUGCUUCGCAUGCGGAUCUGCAAGGACUCCAACGCGGCGGCCCGGGAGGUGGACCUACACACGACAAAAAACAAGCGGGCUUCAAUUAUAAAUCUGUCGGGCCCGUCGUCCAAGAUGAAUCUUCGACGGCCCAAACAAUGAAGACAAAGCCCGCAAUGCGCACAAGAACCACAACCUCCCCAAAGACCACGCGUCGCUCAGCAUCGGUGGGACGCAUCGGGACACGCACGGCCUCGCCUGGCGCCAGCGCCAGAAAGGGCCGUAGAUCGUCGUCGGCGGGAAUGAGAACGACCUCGGAUCAUGACCCCGGUAGUGGUUCCAAAAAGAACCUCCAAGGCCUUGACGCCAACUCUUCUGACCCGGUAUCCACCUGGAGCAAAACGCAGAUGUACACGCACGACGGCUUCGAAGGCGUGCCAGACAUGUAUCGGGGACCACUGCUUGUGUCUUCGGAUAAUGCCGGUGGGGGUGAUGGUAAUUUUCCCUUUCUCCAACAAGGCGGGACGGUCAAGGCAGUUCCGCCCGCGCCGAAAGGCAAAGCGGCAGCAGCAAGUUCAGCCAGUGCAAGCUCCUCCUCGGCACCGAAAACUGCAGCUAAGGCUGGCGCUGCGACCUCCUCCGCGGCGCCAAAAAGUGCUGGUAAGGCAGAGGCCCUAACACUCAACUUGACCCUACCAUUACCAACGGCCGCAGACGACUCGCACGAAACCCUUGUUAUUCCCAUGUCAAAAGCGCCCGGGGUCCCGCCGAGUACUCCGCCCCAGCAACAGUUCCUUACGGCUGCAGGGGGCCAUGGGGGUGACCCCCAUGGAGACCCCGGAGACGAUCCAAAUCCGAGUAGCGGCAGCGGUGGCGCCGAUGCUGGUUCUCCUCUACACGGUCCUUUUGGCCCGCCGGGCCGUCGCCGACUCUCCGCUGGCGACAUGCCUGGUGAUGACGAUGCGGUCGCCCGGGCAAGAGAGACCGCAGAGACCGCGCGACGAGAGAGGCCGGUGUCGCGCGCUUCUUUGUUUCAGGUCGCUCUCUAUCUCACAGAAACCUCUUAUCCGAGUAUGGGACUUGCCAUUGCCAUGUAUACAGCUUCUAGACUAUACAAUCGGAAGAUUGCGUCGUCCUCUGGCAGACACGACUACAAUGCGCAUGUCGGCGGCACGAACGAGUGAAGCGCACAUUACUGUAUCAAACGCGACGGAGUGGGUUUGCAUGAAAAUAAAGGCGAUGCUCCGCACUUUGAUUUCGCGCCCAGACCUGAACGCAGCACUACUAUGCUCAGUCACUGCUCUGGAAAUAGGCGUUGGUAAGAGUCGUCCUCUGGAGGGAUUUUUCUGUUUGAUAGAGUUGGCGAAGUGACGCCUACGGGAAAGCAUAUGGCAGUUACAAUUCCUGGUGACGCCGGAAAACGCGUCACUUCCCCGCCCACUGUGCGAGAGGCGCGGAACAUCGAAAACCCCGAUCGCACGAAUGACGUGCAGAAGGUGCGGGCCGCUAUCCAGCAAGAGGAGGGGCAAGUAAGUACAUUAAGAACGACGUUGCGACAGCAAGAGCGCGCGCUGGACAACGCGUGGCAGCAUUGGUGGGAGAAUCCGGAUCAGGAGCGCUACGGCCAACUGGAUAAUGCAGUAAACACGACGAAACAACAGAUCCGGGCCCGGGAACGCACGCAGGAAGAGUACAGAAAAUGGGAACACUGGGUGAAGAACGACGUGAACGAGGGGUAUGUUGAGGCGAAUCCCAAUUACAAUGAAGCAAACCCGUCGAGUCGCGAGUUGAAGUACACACCGUAUGGUCCGUACCAAGUCAGACAGACGGAAGAGCAGCACGUCCACUGGGUGCCGGUGCAAGCAGGCGUGGGCAGCAGCGCUAGCUCGAGACUAGACGAAAGUGUAGUUCUCGCGGCUCGCGAAUUCGAAGGGUACCACGGACAAGCAACGGACCAGGCCAGGGAGCAUUAUGGGCAGGUAUUAAGGGAUGAAACAAUUGCAAAAAAUUUUGUCGAUCACCCGGAGCGGCAUUACCAAGAUUUACUGAACCAGGCUACCGACAUCGCCAACCUGCAGGCCACCGGAAAGCCGGCGUUGGUCUUUGCCAAGUCGACUACUCAGCUUGACAAACCCACGGAAGCGCAGCGGCGAGCCGUGUACGGUGGCGCGAACUACGACGACCCAAAUCGCAAAGUGGAGGCAACGAAGCUGUUUAAGAAAGUGGACCAUGGGACAAACCGCCGGGGCGCGCCCAAAGAAGUUAUGGUGGCCACGGAGGACUUUGAGACACUUGUUCGGACAAAGAAUAAUCAGGAUUACGUCGGGACGCAGUCCAUCCAACAUGCGUCAGGCUCUUCUGUGCGGCCAGCAGAGGUUAUAAACGGAGUGGUGCGUCUGAAAAGUCUGGGUAGCUGCAAUCCCGCCGAAAGGGAAAUUGCGCUUUCGCACAACAACACAGCCCUCACUCCAGAGCCACUGAACGCUACCGACCAGGACUUGGACGCCCAAGGCCGUAGGGCACUGCACACCAUGACCAGCAAUCCGCAAGCCCUUGACCGUACCCGCAGUUUGAUGAGACAUAUCUCAUUGAGAGGCUGCCCCCCGUCCGGAUACAGACAUAACUCCGUUUUUUGUGCAGUGAUCCACUAGCUUCACGCACCACUAAGUGAUAUUAUACGGCUUUGUAAUAUGUAUUCUCAUUGCACGCCGAGAGCAGGAGUGCACGGCGCAGAAAAAAAAGAAUUUGAUGCGGCCCAGUACUUGGGAAACGCGUCACGCAUGCCACACUUGCUUCGUACCGAAGAAGCCGAAUUCUGUCGUUGCGCAAAAGAGGCGCGCGUGUUAUUUCAUCUUGUCCUAAUUACAGGCGGCAAGAUGUUGAAAAUGUAUAAACGUGUUGCAUGUAGUAGUCGAGCCAGUUACGUGUCUGGGGAGGGGGCUUUUUCGACUUGAUAGAAGAGAAAGGAAUUGAAAAUGUCACUGAUCAAGUCUCCGCGCUGGGUGCAAUGGUCGUGGGCAAGACCCAUCCGAAAAGCCGUGAGGAAGUCAUCUACCACAAUGAAAAACGCCUUCACCCAUUCGCAAGAGAGCAACAGGCUUGCGCGGUUGCUUUUGUAGCACUACCGACGUACAAAUGCAAUGUCAGCGGAAGGUGGAGCGUUUAGCACGUAUUUGUGUGCAAACCACACAAGCACAAACCUACGAGCCCGAGCAGAAGUUUUUACGUUUGAUGAGCCAAGAAAGACCGCACGUGGGCACGCGUCGGAAACCCUACGUUUUCGGCAGCAGUCUGCAGACUUGUAUUUUGCAGUUGUGCCGUGGCUCGUAUUGGUAUUUGCCCCAAGAUAAAAUUGGGUUCUUUAGACCGCAUCUGGUUCGCAAAAGUUUCCAGCUAUUCCGCUGCCGGUUGCUUAUGCUUUGGGUCAAGGCGUUUUGAAAAGUCAUAAAGGGCCAAAGGGAAAAGCGGCCAGCGCGUUACACGCCGGCGACAUGAAAAAAACGAAGCUUUUCAAGGAAGACUACGCGAGAAAUGUCGUCAACGCAAAGAAUUAUGUGAUGGAAAAGUGUAGUAGCCUGGAUACAUUGGUGGCACAAGCUGGUCAUGCAUUGCGCUAAGUGAGGUAAAUGCGGAUAGCUUUGGUGCAUAAUCAAGGCACGGUAAAUAGCGUUUUUCGCGGGGGGCCUCGUUUUGGCAAUAGUGUCGGUUAAGGUUGAGUGCCAGCGAAGGUCCACCCGCGAAGCGUGUCAAUUUCACUGGGCAGCCCACUCCAAAGAAAUCGGGCGCUUUGAUACCACUGCAAGUAGAGCAUAGACCAUGUAUUUCUGGCUCUGCACUUUUCUACCCGAUAUCGCCAAGGUAUUUUUAGACCAGCAAAGCCACUGCACGCAAGGGCAAUUGGAAGACCUGGUCGUGGAUAGGAUCAGGAACGAGGCCGCGUCCUCUUCGAGUACGGGCCCGCCAGAGCCGAAAGCCCUUGCCGCUAUAAUGGAAAACCAUCCUCUUAACAACUUUAUCAGAUUACCGAGGGCUGAGCGCCGGAAGCGCGCAGUUUGGAGAAGUGCGUCGGGGAACUAUGAGGAGCCAAUGUUUGCUAGAACUGCGUCCGCCUCCGCGUCGCCAGCACCAGCAGGGACACAGCAAGCCGCAAACCCGGCUGCGACACCAGCCGCAAAUCCAGCUGCUGUGGGAAAUGCCCCUGUUGCUGUGGGAAAUAUUCCUGCAGCACCUGUGGGAAAUAUUCCUGCAGCACCUGUGGGAAAUGUUCCUGCUCCUGUGGGAAAUAUUGCUGCUCCUGUGGGAAAUGCCCCUGCUGUUGCGGGAAACGGCCCUGCGGCUCCCAUCGCGCAAGGACAGGCUGCAGUUUCAUCGACGUCGGCAUCGGCGUCCGCUAGCUCGCAUCCGGCACCGCCUGCAGGCCAGCCAGCUGCACCUCCAGCUGCAGCAACCCCACCAGCCCGGGUCCGUGACCUACGCACACAAUCACUGUGACCGGGCGACGCGGAAUUGGUAUCGGUGUAGAAGGUGAAGGGGGAAAUCGUUCUAAAAUAUUGAUUGUCCUCGUAGCAUCAAGGGCGUAAUACGAUAAUAUCUUGCUAGCAGCCCGGGCACCUAUAUGAAAUCGAUGAAUUGAUGGUCCAAGAUUUUCCUGUUGUAAAAUGUUACGUACAAAAAGCCCUCUACUCCGGAGGAGACUGCAAAAGGACCUCUUCCCAGGCUUUGCAGGGAGUGUAUUUUUUUGAUUUCUGUAUAAUUUCAAAACUACCGAUUCUUAUCAUAUACCGUGCGGCACCAUCAGGUUCGGGACUCAAUUUGAAAAAGGUUGCGGUAGUCGUACAUUAUUCUAUUGAAAAAUGAAGACGUAGACGCGAAUUCUAUGAAGAAGACGUAGCAGCUGCCUAUUCUAUAUUUUUUCUCGACUCUAGAUCUAGACGAGAUUGUAGGAUUUGUCGUAUUCCACCGGCGAAAAACACAAAAAAUCGAGAAGUUUGUCCGGCCGAUAGAAAUUCAAAUUUUAGAAAGUAGCGAAAACUUGUGGCCUGUAUAGUACCAGACGACCACAAGUUAUGCCCCCUUCGGACCCAUCUUCAUCUUGACGUGCUUUCGCCUUUCAUCAAAAUCGCCCGAACUAUAUCUAAUUCGCCAAUUCCUAUCUUGUAUGAUGCGGCGAGACCACCAGCUGCGAGGAGAUAUUUGGUGAAAAGGAAAUCUUUGAACACACAAUCGGAACAACAGGGUCGGAACGAGAUCAACACUUUUUAAGGACAAGUGCGAUGUUGAAAGAAAAAUGGUUCUUGUCCACCAAAAAAACAGCGGAGUGGUGUUGUGGAAGGAAA